UCGCUGUUUCGUUCCAUCUUGGGAAGCGGCGAAUCAGUGAAGCAGCCCCGCGACAGUGUUGACAGUAGGCCUCCCUAGCUUGCGGUGCUUCACCUUUGUCUCUAGCCGUGUCUGCCUGCGACGGGGCUGCGCAGAGGCUCUGUUGCGCUCUGCUUGCAGACACAGAGGGGUAAGGUUUGCAUACCCUUGUUGGCUGUUAUUAUUUUUGUGACUGUGGAAGAAGACGACCAUUUAUGCACUGGGUAUUGCAUUGACUGCUAAUACAAUAAUAUCUCGCGAGAGCGGCGGCGUGGCGUGGUGGCUGGCAGUAGGGCUGCAGCAGACAGAGGGAGAAGGCAGGCAGGCGGCAGGCAUCAUGGCGGACAGAGACAGUGGAAGUGAGCAGGGAGGAGCGGCCACGGGCCCGGGCGUCGGUUCCCUGCACCCGGUGACAGGAGGGGCGGGCUCGGCUUCCGGGCUGCAGCAUGAGACGCAGGAGCUCGCCUCGAAGCGGGUCGACAUUCAGAACAAACGCUUCUACCUGGACGUAAAGCAGAACGCCAAGGGCCGUUUCUUGAAGAUAGCCGAGGUCGGGGCCGGAGGAAACAAGAGCCGCCUGACUCUCUCCAUGUCGGUGGCUGUCGAGUUCCGUGACUACCUGGGGGACUUCAUCGAGCACUAUGCCCAGUUAGGACCCAGCAAUCCGGACAUAGCACAAGACGAGCCGCGGCGGGCGCUAAAGAGCGAGUUCCUGGUGCGGGAAAAUCGGAAAUACUACAUGGAUCUUAAGGAGAACCAGCGGGGCCGGUUCCUAAGGAUCCGACAGACCGUGAACCGGGGGCCGGGAUUGGGAUCCACGCAAGGCCAGACCAUCGCUCUCCCGGCGCAAGGACUUAUCGAGUUUCGCGACGCUCUGGCCAAGCUGAUCGACGACUACGGGGUGGAGGACGAGCCGGCCGAGUUGCCCGAAGGGACCUCCUUGACUGUGGACAACAAGCGCUUCUUCUUCGACGUGGGCUCCAACAAGUACGGGGUCUUCAUGCGGGUCAGCGAGGUGAAGCCAACGUACCGCAACUCCAUCACGGUGCCCUACAAAGUGUGGUCCAAAUUCGGCAACACUUUCUGUAAAUACGCGGAGGAGAUGAAGAAGAUCCAGGAGAAGCAACGGGAGAAGAGAGCGUGCGAGCUCCAACAGCAAGAGGAGCUGCACCCCGAUGACGGUGACGAGGAUUGAUAAACGGGGCAAAACAUGCAAAAAAGAGUACAGAGUAAUCAAAAUAACAAAAGAGAAAUUAUUAUUAAAAAAGAACUUUACUGUAAAAAGAAACAUAAAGAUUAAACUGUAACUGUUUAACUCCAAGGGAGCACCACCCUCAGAACGAACACAAACUGACAGUUCCGACUUGUCACCCAUCGCUGGAUGUUACCCACUUACCCACCAUUAAAACAGUAAGCAGCUGCUAAACAAAGUAAUAACAUUAUAUAUGAACUGUGUUUCCUACUUGAUUAAAAUGAUAAAGAACUGAGUGAUUAUUUCCCUAAUUAACCAAGAACUUUUGUACACGUUCGAGCUAUUAUAAACGUGUUUGCAAUGUUCAAAUGGAGAUAUUGCCGAGUUAUGAGAAAUAAGUCCUUUUCACGUGAGCUAACAUUUGACUUCAGCACAAAGCAGAUAUUUUAGAUUUUUUUUAACCAAAACGUUCAACCUUUUUAAGAGAGGUUGUCAUAUAGUAUGCCACUCGUUACCUGUGAGUAGAAUGUGUAUGCGCGUAUGUGUGUGUGUGCGCGCGCGCGUGUGUGUGUAUAUAUACGUAUAUAAAUUACGUGCGUGUGUAUAAAUAUAUAUAUAUAUAUAUAUAUAUAUAUAUACACACACACUCGAAUGGUGUACACAUGCAUAUGGCACUCAGUGAGGGCAAAGCGUGCUAUUGGAGCUCUGUUUAAAUGUCAUGCAGGCUGAGGUGGAGGUAACGCGAGUGGCGGCAGGGCCAUGUCCGUAUUCAGCUGGUUAGUGUACUCAUUGUCAAAGUGAACAGGCAUUUAAAGGAGUUAACAUCUUAUAAUCUCAUCGGUUUUUGUUUUUUUUUUUUUUGUUUUUUGUUUUUUGUUUUUUGUUCCGAUUGACAUUGUAGUUUACCAGACGAGGAGUUGCGCUAAACCUUUGUGUCGACUUGUCAUGCAGUGUGUAUGAAAGUACCUUUUUAUUUAAUUGGCAAGUGCAGUGACAACAUGCAGCAAUGUCCGAUUGAGACCAUUUCUUACCGACAGGUUAUUAAUUACGGUAUUUACUGCUGAACUGUUAAACUUGACCCAGUCCCGUACGUGGAAAUUUUGACAAAUCCGUUUAACAAAAGUGCUAACUUAGUGUAUAUAUAUAUAUAUAUAUAUAUAUAUAUAUAUGUAUAUGUAUAUAUAUAUAUGAUUUUGUGAAUCAGAUGUAUUGAGCCUUAAAUGGGGAAAACCCACAUUUUUGUGGGGUAAUAUUUAAAGACAAAAAAAACCCUCUAAAUAGAAAUCAAAGGUCCAACAGCAAAACCUGAGUAGCACUGAGUAGGUGACUGCUGCAUGUUCACUGUACCCAGCCACACUGCUGUUGGGAGCCACCUCUUCAGCAUUUAAACAACUUGGUGCCUUACACACUCCACAUGUUUACAUGUUGGUCCAGUGCUUUGGAUUGAUGCUCAGCUUGGCCCGGGCUUCCAGCUCGCCGUCGCCCCUGCCCGAUGGGAGGUCUCCGAGAAGCCUGGAGUGAGGCGGGCGGAAUUCGGAAUACCGCGUCGUUAUUCCCGAGCUUUCCAGGCAUAAGCCUUAAUGUAAACAUGGAUGUUGUCACCUGGACAAUACAGAGGUCUGCUCUCCAUGCGCAGUGUGAGGGGAGCAGGGCAGAUCGAGACACGCUGGACUGGGUUGGGAAUGAUCUGUGUAGAUCUGCGGUUUGGGCAGUACGUGUAAUUUGUAAGUUGCUAAAGACCUCUAUUAAGGGAUUAGUUAGCAUGUCUAAUUUGUUUUAUAUUUUACUUUUUUUCCAGCAUUAUUCCACAUUGUCAUUUUGAACAUUUGGCUCACGAAGGGUUUUCAUGCUACACUUCAUUACUGUGUGCAAUAUUGUACGUGCCAAUGGUGGCAAUAUAUGUAUAUCAAUUAAAUAUAUGAUUAAUAUUUGAAAGCA